ACUUGUGACAGUGGUGUUUUGUUUUACGCCAUUUUUAUUGGAAAACUUUUCGUGACGCUAGUAAAAAGUGUAUGUUUUUCGUGUGCUCUAAUUAUAUUUAAAAUGUCUCAAAGAUUUGCUCCUGGGCAGCCAGGACCUGCUCCGGUUCCCGGACAACCCCGAUACCAAGCACCACCUCCACAAACUUCCGGUAUGCGGCCAUAUACAACUGGUGGCAGUUUUCCUCAACGUGGAUUCCCAUUGCAUCCAAAUCCGGCUCAACCAGGACAAAGCAAUGCGAAUUCACCAGGUGGACCGCCAUUACAUGCUAGGGCCUCGCAACCGGGUUUUCAAAGUGGUUUGAGAGGAAGUGGCUCCGGUGGUGGAAAUAAACGAUCAGCGGAAUCUCGUAACAUGAAUAGUAAUCAAAGUAAAGGAGAUUUUGUAGCAGCAAAGAAAAAGAAAAAACUUGCAGAUAAAAUUUUACCUCAAAAGGUAAGAGAUUUAGUACCGGAAUCGCAAGCAUAUAUGGAUUUACUUACGUUUGAGCGAAAACUGGAUGCCACCAUUAUGAGGAAGCGUUUAGAUAUUCAAGAAGCAUUGAAACGGCCUAUGAAACAAAAGCGUAAACUUCGUAUAUUUAUUUCUAAUACAUUCUAUCCAUGUAAGGAACCAAGCAAUGAAGGUGAUGAAGGAUCCGUAGCUUCAUGGGAAUUGCGAGUGGAAGGUCGUUUAUUAGAAGAUGGUAAAGGAGACCCCACUACAAAAAUAAAAAGGAAGUUUUCAUCUUUCUUCAAAUCUUUGGUUAUUGAGUUGGAUAAGGAAUUGUAUGGCCCUGAUAAUCAUUUGGUGGAGUGGCAUCGCACUCACACAACUCAAGAAACUGAUGGUUUCCAAGUGAAACGUCCUGGUGACAGGAACGUACGUUGUACAAUUUUGCUGUUACUAGAUUAUCAGCCACUACAAUUCAAAUUGGACCCAAGACUAGCACGUCUACUCGGAGUGCAUACACAGACUCGUCCUGUAAUCAUUUCAGCGCUAUGGCAAUAUAUAAAAACUCAUAAAUUACAAGAUGCUCAUGAGCGUGAAUACAUAAAUUGUGACAAAUAUUUGGAACAAAUAUUUGGAUGCCAGCGCAUGAAAUUUGCUGAGAUACCACAACGUCUCAAUCCCCUACUGCAUCCUCCAGAUCCAAUUGUUAUUAACCACUUUAUAGAGAGCGGUGCAGAAAACAAGCAAACGGCAUGUUAUGAUAUAGACGUUGAAGUUGAUGACACACUUAAAAAUCAGAUGAAUAACUUUUUAAUGAGCACAGCUAGUCAACAGGAAAUCCAGGGGUUGGAUACCAAAAUUCACGAGACGGUGGACACCAUCAACCAAAUGAAAACCAAUCGGGAGUUCUUUUUGAGUUUUGCAAAAGAUCCUCAAAAAUUCAUACACCGUUGGAUAGUUAGCCAAACAAGGGAUUUGAAGGCGAUGACGGAUAUCGUUGGUAAUCCAGAAGAAGAACGUCGUGCUGAAUUUUAUUAUCAACCGUGGACCCAUGAAGCUGUAUCUCGUUAUUUCUUUACGAAAGUGAAUCAAAAACGUGCGGAAUUGGAGCAAGCCUUAGGCAUACGUAAUGGUUAACCUAUCUAAAUUUGCUCAUUAAUUACUUAUAUAUCACUUUUUUUUAAUAUUGGUAUAAUAAAUUCUACACACAUAUUAUUUUUACAUA